UUUCACUGAACCAAACCAUGGCCACGGUCCAGCAUGAGGAUCAGCUACACGCUGAGAAGCACAAUUCACUCCGUCCGAACGGGGUCGUGACCGUCGAUCCCUAUCCCAAGAAAGGGAUCGUCUCCAAAGCCGUUGAUCUCAUCGAGCGCGCCCUAGUGUAUUUGAUGUACAAUGCCCCGCCGUCCAACCACUAUCUUUCCGGUAACUUCGCCCCCGUCCACGACGAGACGCCUCCAUGCGCCGACCUCCCCGUUCGUGGCUCGCUUCCUGAGUGUUUGAAUGGGGAGUUUGUUAGGGUUGGACCGAAUCCGAAGUUUGUGCCGGUGGCUGGGUAUCACUGGUUUGAUGGCGAUGGAAUGAUUCAUGGCAUGCGCAUUAAAGAUGGGAAAGCAACUUAUGUUUCACGAUAUGUGAAGACAUCACGGCUCAAGCAGGAAGAAUAUUUUGGAGGUGCAAAAUUUAUGAAGAUUGGAGAUUUGAAGGGCCUUUUUGGACUAUUUAUGGUUCAAACGCAAAUUCUUCGAGCGAAAUUGAAAAUUCUGGAUGUUUCUUAUGGAACUGGAACAGGCAAUACUGCUCUCAUAUAUCACCAAGGAAAGCUUUUGGCUCUCUCAGAGGCAGAUAAACCAUAUGUUGUGAAAGUGCUAGAAGAUGGAGACUUGCAAACACUUGGGUUGUUAGAUUAUGACAAGAGGUUGGCUCAUUCCUUCACUGCUCAUCCAAAGGUUGAUCCAUUUACUGAUGAGAUGUUCACAUUUGGAUAUGCACACACACCUCCCUAUGUCACCUAUCGGGUCAUUACGAAGGAUGGUGUGAUGCUUGACCCUGUACCUAUUACAAUACCAGAUCCUGUCAUGAUGCAUGAUUUUGCCAUUACUGAGAACUAUGCGAUCUUCAUGGACCUGCCUUUGUACUUCCAACCAAAGGAAAUGGUGAAAGGAAAAUUAAUAUUUUCGUUUGACCCUACAAAGAAAGCUCGAUUUGGUAUACUUCCCCGAUAUGAGAAGGAUGAUAAACUGAUUAGAUGGUUUGAGCUUCCAAACUGCUUCAUUUUUCACAAUGCAAAUGCUUGGGAAGAAGGGGAUGAAGUUGUUCUCAUUACUUGCCGUCUGGAGGACCCAGAUUUGGACAGGGUUAAUGGAAGUGUGCAAGGAAAGCUUGAAAAUUUUAAGAAUGAGUUGUAUGAAAUGAGAUUUAAUAUGCAAAGUGGUGCUGCUUCACAGAAACAACUAUCAGUCUCUGCUGUGGAUUUUCCCCGGAUCAACGAGCACUAUACUGGAAGGAAACAAAGAUAUGUCUACGGGACUAUACUAGAAAACAUUACUCAGGUCAAGGGAAUUAUCAAGUUUGAUCUGCAUGCCACUCCAGAGUCUGGCAAGGAACAACUAGAGGUUGGGGGAAAUGUUGAAGGCAUCUUUAAGUUGGGACCUGGACGAUUUGGCUCAGAAGCAAUAUUUGUUCCUCGCCAACCUGGUACCACUUCGGAGGAAGACGAUGGCUACCUGAUUUUUUUUGUUCAUGAUGAGAACACUGGGAAAUCCGAAGUCAAUGUAAUAGAUGCAAAGACAAUGUCGGCUGAUCCUGUUGCAGUCGUAGAGCUUCCUCAGCGAGUUCCAUUUGGAUUCCAUGCCUUCUUCGUAACAGAGGAACAACUUCUAAAGCAAACUGUUGUGUAACUGAAGCUCGUCUUAAGGACGUAAAAUUCCUUCGAUUGCCGAAGGGUUUCGAUGUCAGUAUGCACCAUUGCACAUUACUGUCGAUGUUUCUCCAGAUAUGUAUUGUUCUAGAGUUAAAAACUGUUUUUCCCCAAGAAUAAACAGUAAAUCCGAUGUAGUCUUGUAUAUUUUUCCAAAAGAGUACCUGUGUUGGAAUCGAUAUAUUUAUAUAGCACAUAUUAUAAGGGGAAUAUUUUCAAAA